CUGUAGCGGAAGUCACUCUGACGCGCUUGUUGACAGGUUCCGGCGCGCUCUUCCGCUCUGCUGUUCGCCUGAGUGUCAGAUUGCGAUUAUUAGUUAUUGAUUAUUGGAAUAUCAGUCUGUAACAUCGACGACUUCAGCCGCAGCUGGAUCCGACCACAGCGGUGAACAUGAUAAAAGCCAUUCUGAUCUUUAAUAAUCAUGGCAAACCACGACUGUCAAAGUUCUACGAGCAUUAUACUGAAGACACAGAGCAGCAGAUCAUCAGAGAAACCUUUCAUCUGGUUUCCAAGCGAGACGAGAACAUUUGCAACUUCCUGGAGGGAGGACUGUUAAUCGGCGGCUCGGACAACAAGCUGAUCUACAGACACUACGCCACGCUGUACUUCGUGUUCUGUGUGGAUUCGUCCGAGAGCGAGCUGGGCAUUCUGGAUCUGAUCCAGGUGUUGGUGGAGACGCUGGAUAAAUGCUUCGAGAAUGUGUGUGAGCUGGACCUGAUCUUCCACGUGGAUAAGGUGCACAACAUCCUAGCGGAGAUGGUGAUGGGUGGCAUGGUGCUGGAGACCAACAUGAGCGAGAUCAUCACGCAGGUGGAGGCGCAGGGCAAGAUGGAGAAGUCUGAGGCUGGGAUCACAGGGGCUCCGGCGCGUGCUGUGUCGGCCGUGAAGAACAUGAACCUGCCAGAGAUGCCCAAGAACAUCAACAUUGGGGACAUCAGCAUCAAAGUGCCAAACCUGCCGUCUUUUAAAUAGUGAACACUGCACACGAGUGUGAAACUGUGUUUACCAGAGUCCAGCAGAUCUUGAGUUGCAUCACAGACGAUGAAAGCACUGUGUGAUGCUGUCAAUUAAGUAUUUAUUUGAUUCUUCUGUCCUCUGUGUGUGAGUGUGUGUGUGUGUGUGUGUGUGUGUGUGUGUGUGUGUGUGUGUGUGAGU